AUGUCCUUUGAGCCAACUAGUCGCCCCCAGCCAGUAGUGGAUCCGGGGAUAUUUAAAGGAUGGGCUAGACUCCUCGGCGAAAACCUUGAGACUAAUAGUGAUCUUACAUCUGCAGAGUGGGGCGUGAUGAUUUUCGUGAUCCAGGAACCACAUCAGCAACGGCGUGAACCGGAUGCUUUGAGGAUCGACAGAACCAUGUGA